AUGGCCUACUGCUUCCGCCCUUUACCCGACAUACACCUGAGCGUCCGCAGCACCCUAUUCCUAGCAAAUGAGUGUUAUAUAGAUGACGAUCUGAUUCGCUCCGUUCUGGAGAUUUUUCGGGUUGUCUAUAAAGAUGUAAAAGGUGGCCCAUACAUGUUUAUUCCGCCUUUGUAUCUCCCGAUAUGGCGCGACGCCGACAACUCGGAGGAGGAAUGCUAUACAUGGUUAGGUGAAGAGCUGAAAAACAGGCCUUCCAAAGCGUUUGCUGUAGUCCAAAUGUCGGAGCAUUGGGGAGUCCUCGUGGUGGACUUUGUUCAGAAAUCCAUAUCAUUUGGGGACUCUCUGAAGAAGUUUAUCCCUGUAGAAAUACUCAAUGGGAUACAACGCUGGAUGACGAGAAAUGGCAUCAAUUUCCAGGCGGAGAAGUGGGGGAAAAGGGUGCAAUAUAACCUUAACGUACCUCGCCAGCCGUUAGGAAGUGGUUCCUGUGGGAUUAUUGCUCUCAACACGAUCGAGCGAAUCCUCAACCCAAAGGUUGAGCGAUGGUCACACGAAAGAUCAUGCUAUCAUCGUACGCGACUCCUGAGGCUAGUGACAGGCCAAACAACGCUUCAACCUGGCGCCAUUGAGGCAGUUUCCCCUCCACUUCCUCCAGUAUCCACAAAGGAGAGUAGACCCGUGCCCGGUUCGACCAAAGUCCCUCAGACGUCUUCUCCCCGCCUUGCCCGAACACAGACUCCAGUCCUCAUCAACCCUUUGGAACUUGGCACACCCGAGGGGAGCACAUCUGUAUCUGAUAUAGAUGUUGAUUUUCAAUUGGAUCCUCUUCUUGAUGACGAUGCUACAGCUCGCCAUUUCUCAAGGAGGUCAUGUAAUAUUUAUUAA